AUGUUGUUCUUUUCGUACUUCAAGGAUUUGGUUGGACAAGAAGUGACGGUUGAGCUGAAGAACGAUUUAGCGAUAAGAGGGACUCUUCAUUCAGUGGAUCAGUAUCUGAAUAUCAAGCUCGAGAACACUAGGGUCGUUGAUCAGGACAAGUACCCUCACAUGCUUUCGGUGAGGAACUGUUUCAUCAGAGGAUCAGUGGUGAGGUACGUGCAGCUACCUCCUGAUGGAGUCGAUGUUGAUCUACUUCACGAUGCCGCUAGAAGAGAAGCUAGAGGUGGAUGA